AUGAAAUUGGGGGUAUUACAAUUAGUUGAGGGACUUUCUUAUUUACACAAUAAUGCAAAAAUCCUUCAUGGAAAUUUGACACCUCAGGCUGUCUUCGUUACUUCCUUUCAGCAUUGGAAAAUUGGAGGAUUUGCUUUCUCUGUAGCGCCUAAAAAGCCUGGAAUAUUUCCUUGCUUUCCUUGGACUAAAAAACUUCCAGCCUGUCUUCAACCAGAUUUGGAUUUUCUUGCUCCCGAGUAUUUAAUUCAAAAUGCACAAACAGUAACAUUGGCUGCUGAUGUGUUUUCGCUCGGUGUUCUAAUUUGUUGGAUUUAUUCAAAUGGAAAAAGAAUUAUUGAUGUUAAAAAUAAUUUGGAAAGUUAUCAAAUAGUAAUAGAACAAUUAGAUAUUGGAUUACAAUUAAUUGCUAAUGAACUUGGACCUAAUUUAAAAGCAUCACUUGUCAAAGUUUUAUCUAAAGAAGUAGAGCAACGUCCGGCUAUUCAAAUGCUUGCUUUAAUAAAACACUUUGAUGAACCAUCACUUGGUGCUUUAAGACAAUUAGAUGAUUUGGCACAAGAAUUUGACCCGGCCAAUAAAGCAGCCUUUCUUAGACAUUCUCUAAGUGCAAUUCUCCCGCAAAUCCCAGAAUCUCUUUGGUUUAGAAGAGUGCUUCGUCGUUUUAAUGAACAUUUACAGGGGACAACAGAAUUAAUGCCAGCACUAAUUAGCCCCCUUUGUUAUAUGCUUAAAAAUUGUGAAAGUCACAAUAUACACAGAUUGAGGCCCUGGUUUAGACAAAUUGUUGCUGCAGCUGAAGAAAAAUCUUUAAGUCAAUCUCUACUUUCACACAUGCCAAUUAUUUUAAGACGUUUAAGUGAUGAACAAGUAGAAGAUCGCUGUUUAGAUUUAUUAAUUUAUUUUCUUAAUGGAACGGAUCCUCAUUUAAAGCAAAAUUCUGUCCGUACAUUACCUCAUAUUGUUGAAUUUAUUCCUAAUAAUUAUUUAAGUAAAAGAUUAAUUCCUACUUUACAAAAUCAAGCCCAAUUCUUUCAAGAGCAAGUUUCUCGGCAAAUAGAUCUACUUGUAGCUAUUGGACAUUUAAGUGAUCGUUGUGAUACUCAAACACUUCAAUAUUUAUUAACUUUGUCUUCAGUUUGCUCAACAUUACAUCCAGCUAUAGUCCAUUCAAAAUCCCGUCUUGUUCAAAGAAUUUUAACUUGUGAUGUUAGCCGCUUUAGUGAUCCUCUUGUUAUUGCCCAUCAUUUACUUAAUCCUUUGGUUCUUGGUUUGGCAUUGCCGGAAAUAUCUCCUGCUCAUUUUGACGAUGUAAUGAGUUCCUCUCGAAUUUUAUUGGAUAUAAUUGAACAACUUCGUUACGAUUCGGAUGAUACUCAACUAAAGGAAAAUAAUUAUCGCCGUCUCUGUAAUCGUCGUGUUUCAAUGUCUUCUAAUCACCUUCCCCGUUUAUUAAUUACUGCGGCAACAAGGCCUUCAAUUGGUGGGGACAGUCGUAAAAUGUCUUUUCUUUCGGCAGAUGGUCGACUUGAAGAGGAUAGGGGUGGGGGUAUUGGAUCGGUAGCAGGCGCUUUAACUGAAAGAAGAGAAUCAAAAGAUUCGAGAUGUUCACUUGAAUCUGAAGUCUCUUUAAGACUUUGUAAGUUUUUUAAAAAUGCUUAAAAUACAGUUAGACAUGAAAAAAAUUUUUGGUGUUGAAAAAUCGUAUCCUACAAGUAGGGGGUAUCUGGGGUAUCACUUGGGCAUCUCUCUCACUCUGUGGCCGACCAAGUUUUAAAAAACGUUAGAGAUGUAUAUAGUAGUUAUGGGUGUAUUUUAUAGUAAGAUUCAACUGUAUAACAGGAAUAGGUUACCCGAUACACGGGCUUUUUUCCGACCUGAGAAAUUUGAAUUCCCAAAACCCGACCCGACUUUUU